AUGUCAUCAUUCCCUGUGCUGAAGAAUCGACCCAUUGAUCAAUGGAAAGUUACUGAGUUGAAGGAUGAACUUCGAAAGAGGAGGCUCCCUGUAAAAGGUCUGAAAGAAGAACUUGUGAGGCGUCUCUUUGAAUCUAUUCAGAGUGAAGAGGCAUCUGACGAAUCUGCUGAAGACGUCGGAGCCAAUGAAGGCGCACCCAUUGGUAAAGAUGCGAAAGAUGUGGGGGCGAAUGGACCGUCUGAUCAAGCACCUGAAGAACAUACUGCUAGUCAGAAAACUGCAGUUUCUGCUACAGAAGUUGGUCAGGAAACUAGGGUUCAUGCAACUCAGGAAACUGCAGUUCCUCUCCCAGAAGUUACUCAGGAAAUUAUGGCUUCGUCUGUGGAACAGUCCCCCGGGGAUAAUGUAGUGGCAAACCAUGAAUCCCUCUCAAAAGAAGCCCCAACAGAAAAAGGAGAUCAGCCAGAAGCAGUUGCUGGAGAAAAUUCUACAGUACAAGCAGGGCACCAGCACUCUGAAAGCAAUAAGAUGCACAUUGAGGAGACACCAGAGGUUGUCACCAAUGGAACAACUGUUGUCGCUGAUGUGACCAGUGCUGAUCUCAAGUCGGACUUGAUCUCUUCUGAAGCCAAGUCAGAUACUGCUGAAGCUAGCAAAACUGAUAAACAUGACACAUUACCAAAACCUGUGGAUGCCCAAAUACCAGAUGCUGAUCCUAUGGAAACUGAUGUUGCAGCUGCAUCAAUGAACAAUGAUGGGGAGAGGUUUGUUCCUGAGAAUGAUUUGGGCGACAAUACAUGGAUCGAUAAUGAAGUGUGCAGUUCUAACCUCAUGAAUGAGGAUCACAAGCCCAUUGUAUCAAAAUCAAAUAAUCAGGUACCUGAGGUUUGCCCAGAUCUAGGGUCUCCAAUUAAGUGUGAGUCAAUUUCUAGUGAUGAUAUAUCAAAUACCAAAAAGAAUAUAAAGGAUAACUUGAAUGCUAAUAAUUUUGAUUUAGAACUAGAGGUUAAGCCAGAUAUGGUCAAACCAUCAUCCGGCAUUACUUCCUUAGGUGGAGAAUUGCAGCCAUUGGAUGAUGACAAAGAGUUGGUCAAGAACCAGUUCUCUUUGGAAGACACAGAUUCCACUGCCAACGUGGAUGAAGUUGGCUCUCCAGAGAAACUAAAUUUAGACAGGAGUUCAGGUGAUGAGUCAAUGGAGGAUGAUGUUAUGGAGAUUAAGCAACUUGAUUUCAGUGUUAAAUAUGAUGAUCUCAGAGGAAAGACUGAGCCUAACUCAGAAUACGUGAAAGAGGUGUCUCUUCCUGAUUCUGUUGUCAAGAGCUCCUCUGCUGAUACAAAGGAAGUUAUAGCUGAAGAAAAUCCAUCAGCUUCAACUGAAAAGAGAAAAUUUCAAGCUCAAGAAACUGUUGCAAACACUGAGCCAAUCAAACGUCAGCGUCGAUGGGCUGCAGAUAGUGGCAAUGUUCCAGAAAGACAACCAUUGAGUCAAAGUGGUUCUGAUGCUCGUAAGGAUAUUCUCCAGCCUGCCUUAAAACGUUCUCUUGGCAGGUCUGAUUCAACAGCAAGUGGAGAUUCUCCAAAGGAGAGGAUUGUGCCACCAUCUCAGAAAUCUGCAACAACUUCCUUGAGAAUCGACCGGUUUGUACGCCCAUUUACCCUGAGAGCUGUGCAAGAGCUUCUUGGUAAAACUGGAUCUGUUUGUAGCUUCUGGAUGGAUCAUAUCAAGACCCACUGCUAUGUUACAUUCUCCUCGGUGGAGGAAGCUACAGCUACUCGUGAUGCUGUCUACAACCUGCAGUGGCCCCCGAACAAUGGCAAUUAUCUGUUAGCUGAAUUUGUUGAUCCCCAGGAAGUGAAACUCAAGCUUGAACCCCCUCCCCCUCCCCCAGCAGCAACAGCAGCGGCGGUUCCUAUUAGCCCAGCCACUACACCAAGGGAGGCUCCUUUUCAGCAAGGUCAGGCAAAUCAAAGUGUGCCUCGCCAAGCUGCUGCUACACCAAGGGAGCAAUUGCCGCCUCCACCACCCCUUGUGAAGCCUCCUACAUCUGAUCCAAGGGAGAAGCUCCCACCCACCCCAAAGAAGGCAGAACCUCCUGUGGUGACACUUGAUGAUCUCUUCAGAAAGACACAAUCCUCUCCAAGGAUUUACUAUCUGCCUUUAUCAGAUGAGGAGGUGUCAGCCAAGCUUGCUGCACAGGGCAAAGCAAAUUAG